AAUAUAAAUCGGGAUAUCUGAUCCCAACGGAUUGAAAGUGACAGAUAUUCAAUGUCGGCGCGGAGACUAGCAGUCAUGUUCCUGGGUGAUGUGAGCCCCGAUUGGUAGAUUUUAAGAGAUAGAUUGACAAUUGGAACUAUUUGUUGAAGAGCUUCCCAAUUCGUUGUUCCCAAAAGAAAAAUGAAUGCAUUCAGACUUCUGAACAUUAGAGCUGCCAGUAGUGCUUUGCGCACUUCGAGACAAUGCAAGGUGAUUCCUGUUCGUGCAUUUCACCAAUCCGUUCCUUCUUUGGCAGCCAAGGUGGUCUCCACUCGCAAGCUUCUGCCAGAAAGCCAAGCUCGUCUUGAAGCUCAGGACUUGGAUUUGGUUCAGUGGCCCGAAGAACGAUCCAUGCCCCGUGACCUUCUUUUGAAGGAAAUCAAGGGUGCCGAAGCCUUGAUCUGUAUGCUGUCCGAUAAGAUUGAUAAGGAAAUUUUAGAAGCUGCAGGUCCACAGUUGAAGCUUGUCACCACCAUGAGUGUCGGUUUCGAUCACAUUGACUUGGAAACAGCUCGCAAGAAUGAUAUCACCAUUGGUUACACUCCCGGUGUAUUGACCGAUGCCACCGCCGAUUUGACGGUCUUGUUGACCUUGGCCGCCGCUCGUCAUAUGAAACAGGGUAUCCGUGCUGCAGAAACUGGUGAAUGGACCGAAUUCCGCCCUGACUGGCUUUGCGGUUAUCAAUUUACCAACAAGACUCUCGGUGUGGUCGGCAUGGGACGCAUUGGUGAAGCUGUAGCUCGUCGUCUCAAGGCUUUUGGCAUCAACCGCGUUUUGUAUUGGGGUCGUAAAGAGAAGCCUGCUCUCAAAGAAUCAUUGAACGCCGAAUUUUCCACCUUUGACAAUCUGUUGGCAGAGUCCGACUACGUCGUCACAUGCUGUUCUUUGACCCCCGAUACCAAGGAUCUUUUUGACUAUAAUGCUUUCAGCAAGAUGAAGAAGAAUGCGAUCUUUGUCAAUAUUUCGCGUGGUGCUGUGGUGCAGCAGGAUGACCUCAUCCGUGCCUUGGAAGAUAAUUUGAUUGCUGGUGCUGGUCUGGACGUGAUGACCCCCGAACCCUUACCGCUUGACAACAAGCUGUUCAAGUUAAAGAACUGUGUCAUCCUUCCUCACAUCGGCAGUGCCACUAUCGAGACCCGCGAAACUAUGGGACAAAUGUGCGUCGACAAUGUUCUUGCUGCCUUGAACAACAAACCUGUUCCAUAUGCCUUGAAAUAGAUACACUCUCACAAUAGAAAAAGAAACAAUGAACACCACGAACAAGAAAAAGACUAGAAUAAAACAAGAAUAUAGGAUAUCCAAAAA